AUGGCAGACGACCAGGAUGAACAAGCCUUUUUCCAAGACCAGGCAAUGAAAGUGGAAUUAGAAGACCAAGAUAUCGUCCAAGAAGAAGAAGAUGAAGAAGAAGAAGAUGUCGAAGCCAAUGCCGAAGACCAAGAAUAUGACCCCACAAGCACACUAGACUUUGAACAGCAAACGGCAGAGUCUGAUGUGCAGCAGGACGAAGUGUCCACCGAGACAUCCACCUACAACCCGCAAGAUACUUCACAUCUAGCUACCAGUCUUCCGAAUGACGCCACAGAUGUUUCACAGGAUCUUUCGCACGAUGAGUCUCAGACGUCCACACCUGCACCACCUGUGGGUGCAUCUGCGCAACCCCAGGCCAGAACCAUUGGGGGAUUUGAAGUCGAUGACGGCGACGAGGAUGAACAGGAAGAAGCAAAAGAACAGGCAGGACAGGAAGAAGACGAAGACGAAGAGGAAGAAGAAGAAGAAGAAGAGGAAGAAGAAGCAGACUAUGAGCCUCACUACGAGCCUCACUACGAGCCUCCGGCUGCGCUGGGGAUUGAUACCAGAGAUGCCAUGAUCAUGGCUGAAGAUCCAAGUUCAGGAAAUGCAAUUCAAAACACUUCCCCUGAUGUAUCAUCGCAAGUGCCCAUACAGGGCUCUGCCAGCAUGCCAGAAGGUGCCAAUAGUUCAUAUUCUCCUGCUCAUGUUCCCAAUAUCGAUCUUUCUGCCUCUACCCAAGAUCGGUGCGCUUCGCAGGAAGCUAGCCUACAGAACAGUACUGUUCCUACUCCUGUACCUGACUCUCCCUCGACUGCAAAAGGUCGUCUGCCCUAUGACCGUGUUGGGAUCCUACAAGACCGCGUUGAUGAGGAUCCACAAGGGGAUAUCACUGCUUGGCUGGAGUUGAUUGCGGAGCACCGAAAUCGCAAUCGGCUGGAAAAAUCUCGUGAGACAUACGACGCAUUCCUGAAGGUGUUUCCCAUGGCGGCCGAUCAAUGGGUGGAAUAUGUCACGAUGGAGUCUGACCUGAAUGGUUUCUUCCAGGUGGAGCAAAUCUUCAACCGCACACUUGUUACCAUUCGCAGUGUCAAACUUUGGACUGUUUAUCUGGAUUAUGUCCGCCGUCGGAAUCCCCUGUCGACGGACGCAAAUGGAAAUUGCCGACAAAUCAUUUCAUCUGCAUAUGAUGUUGCCCUCCAAAACGUUGGCAUGGACAAAGACAGUGGUAACAUCUGGUCCGAUUACAUUGAGUUCAUCCGCACAGGCCCAGGAAAUGUCGGCGGGUCAGGAUGGCAGGAUCAGCAGAAAAUGGACUUACUGAGAAAAGCCUAUCAGCGAGCCAUUUGUGUUCCCACUCAAUCUGUCAAUACUCUGUGGAAGGAGUAUGACCAGUUCGAAAUGGGCCUCGGCCGACUUACGGGUCGCAAAUUUUUACAGGAACAAUCGCCGUCGUAUAUGACCGCACGGAGCUCUUAUACCGAGCUACAGAACAUCACUCGAGACUUGAUCCGCACCUCCCUUCCCCGGCUACCCCCAGUCCCCGGAUCCGAAGGUGACGUUGAAUUCGCCCACCAGGUGGACGUGUGGAAGCGUUGGAUUGCCUGGGAGAAAGGUGACCCUCUGGUUCUUAAAGAGGACGAUAACGUGGCCUUCAAAGGCCGCGUGACCUAUGUGUACAAGCAAGCUUUGAUGGCUCUGCGCUUUGUGCCUGAAAUCUGGUUUGAAGCUGCCGACUUUUGUUUCCUGAACGACAUGGUCAAUGACGGUAACGACUUCUUGAAGCAAGGAAUCGAGGCGAACCCCGACAGCUGCCUGCUAGCCUUCAAACAAGGCGAUCGCCUCGAAAUCACCUCGGAGUCAGACAAUGAUUCUUUGAAACGUGCCCUCAAAGUACGGGAGCCCUAUGACAAAGUCAUCGAUGCGCUCUUCGACUUGUCCGACAAGGGGUUCGCCAAACAGGCCGAGGCUGUCUCCCGUAUCAAGGAGACAUUUGCGAAAGAGAAACCCGAUCACAAACUGGCACAGAAUCACGAUGACGAUGAUUCUGAAGCAAAGGCAAAGGAGAACAAGGCAGCUCUGGACGCGCAGAUUGCGGCGUUGAAGAAAACUAACGCCCCCCCAUCUCGAUCUUAUCGCUAA